GCGCGACCCGACCCCGCGGAGCCAGGAUGAUCCAGCGGCACCACCUGGUGCAGUCUGUGCUGCAGGAGCUACAGGAAGCCACUGAAUGCUUUGGUCUGGAGGGCCUCACCAGUGCUGCAUUGGAAGCAGAGAGAACCUUGUCAUCCUUCUCACUGCCCGGAUAUUGUGGGAGGCAGUUUCAAGAGGAGCUGGAGGUUGACCGGGUAGCCAGAAGCCUCUAUCCUGAGGAUGCCCCGAGUAACAUGCUGCCUCUGGUUUGCAAAGGUGAGGGGAACCGCCUCUUUGAGGCUGCCAGUGUGCUGCUCUGGGGCAACCCCAGCCUCAGCCUGGAGCUGCAGGUCCGUACGGUGGUGGAGUUGCUGCUGCACAAGCAAUACUACUUGAAUGGUAUGAUCGACUCCAAGGUGAUGCUGCAGGCUGCCCGCUACUCCCUCUGCACUGAGGAGACCCCAGAAAUGAAGACUCCUAUGGCUAUUCUGGAGGCUAUCUUUGAUGCUGACAUCAAAGCUACCUGUUUUCCAGGUACCUUUGCCAACAUGUGGCAUGUCUAUGCUCUUGCUUCAGUACUUCAGUGCAACAUCUACUCCAUCUACCCCAUGAGCAACUUGAAGAUCCGGCCCUAUUUCAACCGCCUCAUCCGUCCCAGAAAGUGUGGCCCACGAACCUCCACGCUCCACAUCAUGUGGUCAGGGCAGCAGCUCUCCCGUCAAGUCUUCAAAGCCCAGUACUUUGUGGCUGUGGUUGGCCUGGAGGAGCUAGAACCCACAAUACCUUUGCCAGAGCCUCCUGUCCAACCCAUGAAGACCCUUGAGCUGCUGAAUAGUGACCCCCAGCUGACCUACUCCAACCUGCGUGACAGGUACAGCAUUACCAAGAGCACCUUCUACCGCUGGAAGCGUCAGUCUCGUGAACACCGGCAGAAAGCGGCUGCCAGAUUUGCAGCUAAACACUUCCUCCAGUCCUGCUUUCAGGAGGGCAAUAUAAUCCCCCUCCAGCACUUCCGACAAAUGUUUCCAGAAAUCUCCCGAUCCACAUACUAUGCCUGGAAGCAUGAAAUGCAGAGCAUGGCCAACGGUGAGGCCUCUGCUCUGGCUGAGGUCCAUGCUUUGCAGGAGCUUCACAGGGAUGUCCCAAAAAGGCUGAUGUGGAUGAGCCAGCAAAUUCAGGGGGGGAGCUUAAGAUCCUCGAGUCCUUCCCUAGACCCUGUACAAGCAGGAAUCUUCAUGCAAGGAGCCAAAUCCUACCUGGAGAAAUGCAUUUCCAUGAACACUUUAGUGCCUUACAGGUGCUUCAAGCGCAGCUUCCCUGGCAUCUCCAGGUCCACUUACUACAACUGGCGAAGAAAAGCAAUCAAGGAGAAUCCUAACUUCAAACCCCCUCAGUCUCCCUUGGAUAACCAGAAACCUCUAGCAAUAGCUAAGCAGUUAAAGCCAAACAGUGUGCCUGUUAGGAAGAGGCUGAAUGGAGACCACCCAGCACCCAGGAGUCUCCUACAGCUCAAGCCCUCUCUAUGCUGGAGAAAGCAGCUGCGAGAUGUAGCAAAGAGGCAGGUCCAGCAAUGGCGGCUGCCAUUCUGCAAGUAUCGCCUGCGCUACCCAUCUCUGUCCUCCACAGCUUACUGGUUUUGGAAGGGCAGAGGCCAGGCCCACCGGCAGCAUCGCCUGCCCUGGACCAGCUGCAGCCAGCCAUCAAACCGGGUGGCUUCGCUGGCACCUCUGAGCAUGGAGCCAGGCCUCAAGCCCCAGUGCCACAUGGAGGUAGCCACCAAGCACCCAGAUAAGUCAUCUCCAGCCAUGCCAUACAAUGCCACCAUUUCAGGCUAUGCCAUGUCUGAGAGAGCCAACAGCCGGAUGUUUGUGAUGGAUGUGAUCGCCACCGCCCAGUUCAAGGCACAGGCCAAGCUGUUCCUGCAGCAGCGAUUUGAGUCGAAGACCUUCCCCACCUACAAGGAGUUCAGUGCCCGCUUCCCGCUCACAGCCCGUUCCACCUAUUACAUGUGGAAGCGUGCCCUGCACGAUGGGGCUGACGCUUGUGGAUGCCUGAGUGCUGGUUGGCAGCUGGCUGGAGCACAGGUCCUCUGCUGAUGUGCCCUUUGGCUCGCUGGUGGGAUGCCUGGGCUGGGGCUCUGCUCUGAUUUUUGUUAUGGUUUUGUUUUGUUCUGUUCUGUUCCUAGUCUCUGGGUUUUUUGUUUGUUUUUUUUUUUUUCUGUGUGGUCCAAUCAAGUAUGGGAGCAUUUGCACAG